GUCAUGGUCAUUAUUUGGAGAACAUCAUCAGUGCAGGUUGCAAUUUUCUUCUCUGUAUUUUUCACGAUGGAGAAUGUUUAUGCGAGUGCAGUCUGCACGAAAAUUCUUGAGGGUGGAUGGAUACCUUUUGCCAUUUCUUUAAUCCUUGCCUUCAUUAUGUUUGGCUGGUGCUAUGGGAGACACAGAAAGAUAGAGUACGAACUAACACACAGGAUUGAAUUGGCAAAACUUGGAACGCUAUUGUCUGAUCCUGGUGUCCGAAAGGUUCCUGGAUUGUGCUUCUUCUACACCAACAUUCAAGAUGGUUUGACUCUUGUCCUGGGACAUUAUGUCAAAAACAUGAGAUCUCUUCACAAGGUCAUUAUUUUCACAACACUUAAGUAUUUACUGGUUCCAAAGGUUGAUCGACAUGAGAGGAUUAUUGUCACCAAAUUAGGACCAGAAAGUGUUUAUCCGUGUCUGAUCCAGUAUGGCUAUGCUGAUCCGCUGAACCUGGAAGGAGAUGAUUUUAUGAGUCAAGUCUUGAGUCAGUUCACUAAGAGCUUAGUGGCAUAUGUAGGAAACGGUUUGGGUUGUUUACCAUCUGAACCUAGACAGGCUCCGCCUGAGAUUUCUGAGCUGGAAGAGGCCAAAAUGGCAGGUGUGGUUCACAUUCGGGGCAAGACAAGGUUUUACAUUAGUAAGAAAUGUGGCAGGUUUGACAGAUUCAUGCUUGUCUUUUAUGAAGUUCUUCAUUGUAAUUCCAGAUCAGCCUUGCCUACUCUAGGGGUGCCGCCACCACAGUGUAUUGAGGUUGGGAUGCUUUAUGAGGCUUAAAGAGAUACUUAUAUCAAUGGCUCAAUCAAAUUUAGCUAGAUGCAAUGCGUAGGUAAGUAGUAGGAAAGUAUAUUGCAAGGUUCAUAUUUCUUGAACCAGGCUAGGUCCUGACUUCCUAUAAUAUCAUCUUUUUUCUGUGAGAACUUCACCUGUCUACUGUACUUUUCUCUGGCAAAAAGGAGCACAAGAACUCCCUACGGGAGUGUGUAGUACUCUUAUAUGGUUAAAUUUGUUGGGAUCAAAUUGUUGUUAGUUUUAGUUGUUUACUGAAGCCUAUAUUUGCUAGCUAGGAUGUGACAUAAGAUAGGACUAUCAUUUUAUGGAAACAGAUAUUAGUUGUUCGUUAUACAUAUGAGCAUUGAGCUAAAUUGAAAAGUUCAAGGGUUUUAUUUGUAAAAAUCAAUUUGAGGGCUUCAU